UAAGCCAAAAGGUACUUCUCUACCUAGCUAGGAUAGCUCAACCAAAUGGCCAAAGUUCAUCCAAUUCUAGCAGUACCCAGUAUUGGAAAUGCUUCUGCAAGUAUCUCUCCAUUAACUGGACCAUACAUGACCUCGAAGAGAGAAACAUUCACUAUAUGGAUGAAGUCCCUUGUGAUGCAAGGACAUGGAUGUACAGCAUACGACGAAAAUGGUGAGAUCGUGUAUCGUGUUGAAAACUACGACAACAAGCACAGCGAUGAAGUUUAUCUCAUGGAUCUUCGCGGGAAAGUUCUGUUUACUAUAUGUCAGCAGAAAAUGUGCGUUUUCAGAUCAAAUUGGGAGGCUUACGAGUCCAAUGAGUCUGACACGCCAUUUUUUCGAGUGAGGAAGACCAGAAUUUUCGGUGGAUGCUCUUCUUAUAAGGUCACCAUGCCAUCUGAUGAUGGAAACCAUUACACUUUAGAAGCUGGUGGAAAAUCAACAAUCAGAAUAAGUGAUGGCAGUGGAGAAGUUUUAGCCGAGGCGAAGCGAAAGCAAUCGUCUUCAGGAGUAGAACUAGGAGAUGAUGUGCUGAGUCUGGUGGUGGAGCCUCAUGUGGAUCACUCCUUUAUCAUGGCUCUUGUUACUGUUUAUGGCUUAAUCAAGCGUCAAAUAUGAAUCUCAGAGCUAGCUCAGAUGCGAAGUUUUGUAUAUGUCUCUAGGCUAGCUCUAGCAAAUUGGCAGAGUAAAGUAAAUAUCAUUUUGCUCUCAGAGAGAAGCAGUGAUGCUUCUCAGAGAGGGUUUUGCUUUUUGUUUUUCUGUAAGGAAUCAAUUUUGCCCAUAA